AUGCGGCGCGCAUUUUGGCUUCAACUUCUUUUAGGGGUCUGCUCCCUUGCUUCACCUGUUCAAGCAGAAACAUGUUGGCGAAAUACAACCUGCUCUGGCCCCACAAAGGCGGCCUUCAGUGGAGUUUGGGACAAAAACAUAUAUGCGCCCUCGUCUCGAACAAUUAAACCUGUGAAAACGCUCUCUGACCUGAAGAAUGACGCUACUACCAACUCUGCCCAUCCCGCGACGGCAACACUCCAUGGAAAUGGCUCUCUUGUUGUGUUCGACUUUGGCAAAGAAGUAGGCGGCAUCAUGCACAUCGAAUACACCUCAACUGGCAGUGGUGCUUUGGGAAUCGCGUUCACAGAAGCUCUCAAUUGGAUAGGAGAGGAUUCUGACGAUUCUAACAGUCUAUGGCAUGAUGGUGCUUUAUACGACAACUUCACAUCCGCUGGUUCACACUCCUAUGAGAUGCCCCUCCCGAAGAUUCGUGGUGGGUUCCGGUACUUGACUCUAUUUUUGAUCACGGACGAUGCGACGACUGUCAAAAUCAAAGACAUGGAUCUUGAGUUGGGUUUCCAUCCGACUUGGUCGAAUCUGCAGGCAUACCAGGGGUAUUUCCACUGCAGUGAUGAGCUUCUCAAUCGGAUUUGGUAUAGUGGUGCAUAUACCCUGCAGACGAAUCAGGUCCCUGUUGAUACUGGACGUAUCACCUCUGGUGUUACUUCUGGGUGGUUGAAUAACGGGACCUUGGGCCCGGGAGACACGAUUAUUGUUGAUGGUGCCAAGCGCGAUCGUGCGGUGUGGCCUGGUGAUAUGGGAAUUGCUGUCCCGUCAACAAUGGUUAGUCUUGGUGACUUGGAUAGUGUCAUGAAUGCGCUGCAGAUUAUGUACAAUACUCAGGAUAAAACGACUGGUGCCUUUGAUGAGUCGGGACCACCACUCAGCCAGACUGGGUCGGAUACUUAUCACAUGUGGUCCAUGAUUGGUACCUACAACUAUGUUUUGUACACCAACAACACGGAUUUCCUUCUGGAGAACUGGGAUGGGUACAUUCUUGCUAUGGAUUACAUUUAUGGCAAGGUGACAUAUGCCAGUGGACUCUUGGAUGUAACUGGCAUCCGUGACUGGGCUCGCUGGCAGCAAGGGUAUAACAACACGGAAGCGCAGAUGAUUCUCUAUCACACCUUGAAAACCGGUUCAUCUCUCGCCAGCUGGGCUGGAGAUACAACAGGCCUUUCCAGCACCUGGGAUUCUCGAGCAGAAAAACUAAAAGAAGCCAUCAACACCUACUGCUGGGAUGAGUCUUACGGGGCAUUCAAAGAUAAUGCGACCGACACUACCCUUCACCCUCAAGAUGCCAACAGCAUGGCUGUCUUAUUCGGAGUGGUUGACUCCGACCGUGCACAAAGGAUUUCCGACAACCUGCUCAAGAAUUGGACACCAAUCGGACCCAACUCUCCCGAGCUACCGGACAACAUCUGUCCCUUCAUUACCUCCUUCGAGAUUCAGAGCCAUUUUCUCGUUAAUAAGCCGUCUAGGGCCUUAGAUCUGAUUCGUCGCACCUGGGGGUGGUACAUCAACAAUCCAAAUGGAACCGAGUCGACUGUAAUUGAGGGCUACCUUGUCAAUGGUACUUUCGGUUAUCGUGGUAGUCGUGGGUAUUAUUAUGAUACCUCAUAUGUCUCUCAUGCUCACGGCUGGUCCUCUGGCCCAACGUCCGCAUUGACAAACUACAUCGUUGGACUUUCGGUUACAUCGCAGUUGGGGCUGACCUGGGAUCUUUCGCCGCAAUUUGGGGAUCUUGAGUUUGCGGAAGCUGGCUUUGUUACUGAUCUUGGGAAGUUCCAGGCUUCUUGGACCAAGUCGUCUGCUCGGUAUACGGUAGAUUUCUCGGUUCCGAAGGGGACUACUGGGAAUGUUACACUUCCCUAUAUUAAGUCGUCUAAGAAGCCAUCGAUUACCCUCAAUGGUGCUUUGGUGAAGAAGAAUGUUGUGUAUGCGGAUAGCACAGCGACAUUUGUUCUUGGAGGUGGUUCUCACAAGAUUGUUGUGAAAUGA